AUGGGUGCAAGUGCAGCUGUGCCUGGGGUGAUCAAGGCUUUGUUGAGUUCACUUGGCGAUCAAGAUGGAGAUGUCAGAGGGAGUGUUGUUGGCUAUCUUGACUGUAUGGGUGCAAGCGCAGUCACGAGUGGGGUUAUCAAAGCUCGCGCUCUCUGUAACAUGCGUACAAGCCGAGCCACGCCUGAGGCAAUCAAAGCUUUGCUGACUGCACUGGACGAUGAACAAGAAUCUGUCAGAUGGCAUGCAGCUGAAGGUCUUGGCAGGAUGGGUGAAAGUGUAGCUACGCAUGAAAUGAUUAUAGGUGCAUUAGACAAUUCUCGUACACUUAUUAGUAUAAAUGAAUCUAAUGAAUGUAAUGUUGUGGUUGAUGUGGUAGAAUUCAAACUUGUCUGCACGGCGAAAAUUAGAUCUAUCGUCGCUAUGGUAGUUGACAAUAACCGAACGGAAAUAAUGAAUAUUUUCUGUAAUCCAGAAAUGCCAUCGAGUUAUAUUCAUCAAAUGGCGUUAAAUAAACUCAACAUAUUAUUGAUGGAACGAAAUGAAUGUUCACUGUAUAUCGACGAUAAUACCGACGUUGACUUAGACACAACUAUCCAAGACUUAUUCGAUCGUGUGUCAAAUGUUGGAAGCCGAUUAUAA